GAGGCAGGACAAGCACAAGGCGGCCGGUGCUGCGGCCAGCAAGUCUUUGCUGAAGAAGUCGAAGCAUGCUGAGAAUAGCAGCAGAUCGGAAAGGGAGUCCGAGGUUCCCAAGUCGGUCAGCUUUGAGAAGCAUGCUGAGGUCCUUCUGACAACCCCGCCCAGGAACCGCCGGCAGCGAGAGCAGCAGGUCGUCAAUUCCCCCCGCAUGUCGAUGGAUGAAGCCCAGAAGAUAAUUGAUGAAAUGGACGACCACAACGUGGAUCCUCGCGAGACUUCUUCGGAGGCGGCAGAAGCAAGUGAGGAGGCUCCAAGUGGAUCGUCGGCACCUGCCGAUUCAGAUGCAGAAGAGCAACAGAGUGAAUGUGAAGAUGAAGAUGAGGAUGGCGGCGGGCUGGACAGCGAGGAGUCGCUGAGUGAAGCUGAAGCUUCGGAAGUUUCCGAAGGCUCAGAUGAGGAGCCCGCCGAGGAAGCCGCCCCGGAAUCCUCAGAUCCAGAGCCGAGCUCAGCCGAGGCAUCUGGUGAUGAUGAAGCAAGUGCUUUGGCCAGCGAAGAUGAGUCGGCAGAGCCGGUGCCACCGCCGAAGAAGGUGAAGCGCGCUCGAGAUGAGCGAGAGACCCCGCGAAGGGAGAAAAAGCAAAGGCAGAGUAGCCCGAAGAGAAAGGCUGCAGAGGAUCCCCGGGGCCAGGCUACGAGAGAUGCCGAGGAUGGUGAUGCAAAGGCCGGGACGGCCUUGUCGAAAGCAGAGCACAAGUUGCAGGCAGCGAACAGCAACUCACACCACACGGAGUACCUUAGGACGAUUGCCGAUCCGGAAUGUCCAGACGAUUCUCUCUACUUUGUUUUCGUCGAAAUUAACGUCGAUGACAUUCGCGAGAUUCAGAGGAUUACGAAGCUGGAACUAGCAGGGCAGAUAGACGCAGAGAUGUUGAAGGCUUUCACGGAGGCCGGAGGAGUCUUGGACCCGCGCAAGCAGCUCGCUCUGGGCAAUGGGGUCAGUGCGGAUACUAUGGGCAAGGCUUUGCAGAUGAUGGGGAGUGGAGCCCCGGCGUCGGGUGCAGCGAAGGUGGUGCCGGAUACCCCGCUGGAGAAGGCGAAGAUCCUGUUGAGCGGUCUGCUGAAGGACAAGAACUGCUGCAGGGACUAUGCAUUCAAGCUGAAGCCCCUCAAGCUGUCGGCCACUUUGAUCGAUCAGCUUCUGGCCUUGGAGAAAUCGUUCUCCCAGAAGGCUGGGGAUCUGCAGAACCUUGUGUCGACGAAGAAGAACAAGAACAAAUACUACAAAAACAUCACGUUCGAGGAGCAGGCUAAGGAGCGCAUCGACUUGGCAAAGGCACUGAUUCGUGCAAGUGAGAAGAAAAAUGCCCCCGGCAAGCCCAAGGCUGACGGGGAGGGCGAGAUCUCGCUCUCGGUCGCGAGGUGGUAUUCAACAAUUGCUGAGAUUCCGGAAGGUUGGGUGGAACUGCCAUUACGUGUUUCUGAGAAGGAUGGCAAUUUCGGCUUGCGCAGUACCAUGCAUGCCACGGCUAUAACUUGGCCCUGGGAUGUGCUGAACUGGCUGUAUUGCCACGAUAAACUUCUUAGCUGGGCGUCCAACGAUACCAACCCGGAGAAGGUUCAUGAAAUGAACACCGAAUAUUGGACUCGACUUGGUGAUGAAGACUCCGUGAAGGCUCUAGACCUCAAGGACCCCGCGAGAACUUUUCCAAUCUUUUGGCACGCAGAUGGUGUACGUGUUUAUAAACAUCAAAAGUGUUGGGUUUAUUCUUAUUCCUGUGCACUGAAGAAGGGGCCUUCCUUAUCUUCAAAGCUCAUGCUGUUGCUCGUGCGAGAAACGCUGUUGUUGAAACCGACGACGCACGACCGCAUCGGGGAAGUGGUGGGCUGGAUACAACGUGUACUCCAGACGGGCAAGUUUCCCAACACCGAUGUUAAUGGCAAAGCCUGGGCAGCGGGGUCCGUAGAAGCAAGCAAAGCCAACCGUGAUUUCGCUGGGGGCUACAAGUGUGCCUUCAGUGCAUUUAAGGGAGAUUGGGAAGCUCGUGUGCAGAUUCACAAGCUACAGCGCAGUUACCUCCACAACAACAUUUGUGAGCAUUGCCCCGCGUGCAAAAUGGAGAACGCCUUCAACUACCGCAACUUCUCCCCCGAUGCGGCUUAUUUGCAGGUGCCUUUCACACAUGCGCAGUACCUCGCCAUGAACCCCCCGGAGCUUCAGUCGAGCUGGUUGAAUGUGCCCGGAUGGACAAAAGACAGGAACCUGGAGGAGCCCCGGGGUGGCGUGCUUCGCGGUGCCAGCGUUGGUAUCUGCGCAUAUCGAAAAAAGAUCGGGGACGGCGUACGACUGCAAGAUUUGAACUCCGAGCUGGAGGGCCGUGUGUGGAAGCACUACAAAAGCUGGUGCGGAAAAACCAAAGUUCCAGGAUGUGGUCACCGUUUCAACUUGACACGAUUUGGUCGUGAGUCGUGGGUAAGCUAUCCUGAACUGCAGUCCUGCUACAAAGCCUACACCGUCAAGAUGAUGAUAUACUGGGUGCAUGCUUUCUUGAAUGAUGAAGACGUAGGAGUACCCGGUGCAGAUGACCGCAUCAGUCUGGCGUAUUCGCUGUCUAAGAUGCAGUGGCUGUUCGACCGCAGUGGUUCGUUUCUGAGUACAUCAAACAAGGACGAGGCCGUGAGGUUGGGAAGGACGUUUCUUUUACUCUACCAGUCCAUGGCUUUGGAAAACAUGGGUCAACCAAAGAAAAACUUUAAGAUCGUUCCGAAGUUCCACAGCCUUCUUCACCUACUGCUGUAUGUGAAUCGAACGUCGCGGAACCCGAGGUGGGAGCACUGCUACCAGGACGAAGAUCUCAUGAAGCAAAUCGGCUACAUAGCAUCGUCGACGCAUCCUUUCACGAUGGACAAGGUGACGUGCAGUCGCUACCGAGCAAUGUUGGAGUUCGCCGGCAUUUG